GGAAUGAAUAUGAAUAUGAUUCGGCGGGGUGGUAUUCCGAAGAUGAAGAAGAGGAGGAAGAGGAAGAAGAAGUGGAAGAAUUCAAGAUGUCGUGUAACACAAGUUACCAUGUGAUAUCUAGAGAUCAAAAUCCAGAUUUGAUAGCUGAUAUAGGAGACGACGGAGAAUCUUUAGUGUUUUACAAUAAUAACUCUCAAGGUGGACUAAAUAAUCAACACACGAAGGAGGAGUUCAAUAAUGUCUAUCAAACUCAUGAACACGAAGAAGAAGAUGAUCAAGAUUCCAACACUUCUUCAACGGAGGAACACUUUUCUUCUGCCAAUGUUUCUCCUUAUCACAGCGAAUCAUCAAUAGAAGAGGAAGAUGAUGGCGUUGAAGAUCUUCCUGACAAUCGUUAUCACGAUGAUGAAGAUGAAGAUGAAGAGGUUGGAGGAGUGUCACGAUACGAUGUCGUUGAGGAUUUGGUUCGUAAGCAACCAAAUACUACUACUAGUACUCGUGGUCCCUCUCGUUUCCAAAGUGGUUUGGUGUUCAAUGACAAAAGCUACAAUGGAGAGUUUGUGUCUAAUGGAGGAAUCAAGAAUGAUGUUGACGAGAUACAGUCAUCAUCGGGGUUUUCCAUGAGAGAGAUAAAAGCAGAGGAAUUAGAGGAAGAGGAAGAAGAAGAGAGAGGAGAGAUAUUCGGAGAGUCAUGCACGAAUGGGUCAACGUCAAAAAGCUCAUCGGAAUGGAGAAACUCUGUCAAAACUGACGACCCUUUCUCAACUUCCUCUCGCCGGAGUUGCCCUAAAUGGGAAUCUUACACCGUCUUCCAAAAGUACGACGAAGAAAUGACUUUUCUCACUAGAAUCUCUGCCCAAAAGCUUCACGAAACAGAAUCGUUGAAGUCAAUCAUGGUGGAACCAAGAUCGAUCUCGGAGAGGAUCGUUCACAAGUUUACAUCAAACGGACACAAGAAAAAAAAACAACAAUAUCCUGGUAGCAAUGGGUCGAGACCAAACCCGUACGUGGAACUAGAAUCAGCUUACGUGGCACAGAUAUGUCUAACAUGGGAAGCUCUAAGUUGGAACUACAAAAACUUCGAGAGAAAAAGAUCAUCCACGCAACGAAGCUUCAACGACGUCGGAUGUCCGGCCGGAAUCGCCGACCAGUUCCGUACGUUUCAUAUUCUAUUACAAAGAUACGUGGAAAAUGAGCCUUAUGAACAUGGAAGAAGACCAGAGAUUUAUGCCCGAAUGCGAACUCUUGCUCCUAAAUUGCUUCUUGUUCCUGAAUACCAAGAUUAUGAGGAGGAGGAGGAGAAGGAAGAAGAGAAAGAGGAGGGUUUCAGGUCGAGGAUAUCGUCAGCAUCGUUCUUGAUGAUUAUGGAGGAAUGCAUAAGAACAUUCAUGAAUUUUCUCAAAGCGGAUAAAGAGAAGCCUUGUCAAAAGAUCCUCAAAGCCUUUUUUGGGAGAAGUAAACGAGGCUCCGUUGAUCCAACCCUUGUCCAUCUCAUGAAGAAAGUCAACACAAAGAAAAAGACGAAGCUGAAAGAGAUGCGUCGAGGAGGAAAAUACAUGAGGAAGAAGAAGAUGAGUAUAGAGGAGGAAAUGGAGAUAUUGAUGGGUUUAAUAGACUUGAAAGUGGUGUCAAGAGUACUGAGAAUGAAUGAAAUGAACGAAGAGAAUUUGCAUUGGUGUGAAGAGAAGAUGAGCAAAGUUAAAAUUAUUCAAGGUGGAAAGGUGCUUCAAAGAGAUUCCACUCCACUUUUCUUUCCUCCACAUUGACCCCACUAUUUUAAUCUAAUCUCUGAAUAUACCCUUUAUUCUUUC